GAUCGAGAACCGGAUUCAGUUUAGUCGGCGAAUCGCGAGAGCGUGCGUGUGAUUGUGUGUGCGUGUGAGCGUUGUUUUGGGACACCGAUACGGAUACACGGCAGCGGCACGGUACGCGUUUGGCAGCACCCCCUCGCCAGCGGUGGUUGUGCACCUCCAAGCAUAUGCAAAUAAGUGAAUAAUAGUAGGCAAAGCAUCUGAAAGAUAGCCCAGAGCAGAGCAAAGUAUCUGUGUUUGUGUGUGCGGUGCUUUUGUGCGGAGUCGCCACCCCCGUGGAUUAGUGGCACCCUGCUGCAAAUAGCCCACCACUCUCACUGCGUGUGUGUUGUGUGUGUGUGUUUGUUAACAAUUAAUAAUCGCAUUAAACCAACAAUUUGGCCCGCAGAACGAGCGUAGAAGAUAACUCGCGUGUGCUGAAACCGAAGCGAAGGGUGUUUUUCAUUGGAUUUUGCGUAAAAUCGAUAAGCAGAUAGACCCUCCACUGCCAACUUUACACAACCCGCUCAGCGGAAACACGGCAUACAGUAUGAAUAUGCCCAACGGACGCCUCAAAUGGCUAAUGCUGUACGCAGCUGUUGCCCUCAUCGCUUGUGGCAGCCAAUGUCUGGCUGCCAAUCCCCCAGAUGCCGACCAGAAAGGACCGGUCUUCCUCAAGGAGCCCACCAACCGCAUUGACUUCUCCAACUCCACCGGCGCCGAGAUCGAGUGCAAGGCCAGCGGCAACCCCAUGCCCGAGAUUAUCUGGAUCCGAAGCGACGGCACCGCUGUGGGCGACGUUCCCGGACUGCGUCAGAUCUCCUCCGACGGCAAGCUGGUCUUCCCGCCCUUCCGUGCCGAGGAUUACCGCCAGGAGGUCCAUGCCCAGGUCUACGCCUGUCUGGCCCGCAACCAGUUUGGAUCCAUCAUCUCGCGGGACGUGCAUGUGCGAGCCGUUGUGCCACAAUCCUACACCGUCAAUGUCAUGGACGAGUCCAUACUGAGGGGCAAUAGCGCCAUCCUAAAGUGCCACAUACCCAGUUUUGUGGCCGAUUUCAUAGUGGUCGAUUCGUGGGUGGAGGACGAGGAGCGGGUGAUCUAUCCCCAGGAGGAUAUCGCAGAAAGCGAUGGAAAAUAUCUGGUUCUGCCCUCUGGAGAGCUGCACAUCCGUGAAGUUGGACCCGAAGAUGGAUACAAGAGCUACCAGUGCCGAACCAAGCAUCGUCUGACAGGAGAGACCCGGUUGAGUGCCACCAAAGGUCGACUGGUCAUCACAGAACCUGUCGGCAGUGUCAGUCCCCAGCUAAGUGGCAAUGGCAAUCAGGAGCACAUAACUCUCACACGGGUUCCUAAGAUGGGAAGCGUGACCCUGAUGUGCCCGGCUCAAGCCUAUCCAGUGCCCUUCUUUAGAUGGUACAAGUUCAUCGAGGGCACCACCCGCAAGCAAGCCGUGGUAUUAAACGAUCGUGUGAAGCAGGUCUCGGGCACUCUCAUCAUCAAGGACGCAGUAGUUGAGGACUCUGGAAAGUACCUGUGCGUGGUCAACAAUUCUGUGGGUGGCGAGAGCGUUGAGACUGUACUGACCGUCACUGCCCCGCUUUCCGCCAAGAUUGACCCCCCCACCCAGACAGUGGACUUCGGACGCCCCGCAGUAUUCACCUGUCAAUACACUGGAAACCCCAUCAAGACCGUAAGCUGGAUGAAGGACGGCAAGGCCAUUGGCCACAGCGAACCUGUGCUGCGCAUCGAAUCCGUGAAGAAGGAGGAUAAGGGCAUGUACCAGUGCUUCGUGAGGAAUGACCAGGAAUCCGCGGAGGCCAGUGCUGAGCUGAAGCUCGGAGGUCGCUUUGACCCCCCCGUCAUUCGACAGGCCUUCCAGGAAGAGACCAUGGAACCCGGACCAAGUGUAUUCCUCAAGUGCGUCGCCGGCGGAAACCCCACGCCCGAGAUCUCCUGGGAACUGGACGGAAAGAAGAUUGCCAACAACGAUCGCUACCAGGUGGGACAGUACGUGACGGUCAACGGAGAUGUGGUUUCCUACCUGAACAUCACCUCGGUCCAUGCCAACGACGGUGGUCUCUACAAGUGCAUUGCCAAGAGCAAGGUGGGCGUGGCGGAGCACUCGGCCAAGUUGAAUGUCUACGGACUGCCCUACAUCCGGCAAAUGGAGAAGAAGGCCAUCGUGGCUGGCGAGACCCUCAUUGUCACCUGCCCCGUGGCCGGCUACCCCAUCGAUUCGAUUGUCUGGGAGCGAGAUAACCGCGCCCUGCCCAUCAACCGCAAACAGAAGGUCUUCCCCAACGGAACUCUGAUCAUCGAGAACGUGGAACGCAACUCAGACCAGGCUACCUACACUUGUGUGGCCAAGAACCAGGAAGGAUACUCCGCCCGCGGAUCGCUGGAAGUGCAAGUUAUGGUUCUGCCCCAGAUUGUGCCCUUCGCCUAUGAGGAUGUGAUAAACAUGGGCGACUCCAUUGAUUUGUUUUGCCAAAUCCAAAAGGGCGACCGCCCCAUCAAGGUGCACUGGAGUUUCGAAAGGAAUGCCGGUGAACCCGGCUCCGAUUAUCAGCAGCCCCAGAUGCGAACGAAUCGCAUCAGUGGCAAGACGAGCAUGCUGUCCAUUCCCAGUGCCACUCAGGCACACACUGGAAGAUACACCUGCAUAGCCAGCAAUAAGGCGGGGACCACUACGUACAGCGUUGAUCUUACAGUGAAUGUACCACCCAGAUGGAUCCUCGAACCCACCGACAAGGCCUUCGCCCAGGGCUCCGAUGCCAAGGUUGAGUGCAAAGCUGAUGGCUUCCCCAAACCCCAAGUCACAUGGAAGAAGGCAGUUGGUGACACCCCCGGAGAGUACAAGGAUCUGAAGAAGAGCGACAACAUCCGCGUGGAGGAGGGCACUCUGCAUGUGGACAACAUCCAAAAGACCAACGAGGGCUACUACCUGUGCGAGGCUAUUAAUGGCAUCGGCUCCGGACUCUCGGCAGUGAUCAUGAUCAGCGUCCAGGCCCCUCCCGAGUUCACCGAAAAGCUGCGUAACCAGACCGCCCGACGAGGAGAACCCGCCGUACUGCAGUGCGAGGCCAAGGGCGAGAAACCCAUCGGCAUCUUAUGGAACAUGAACAACAUGCGCCUGGACCCCAAGAACGACAACCGCUACACCAUUCGCGAGGAGAUUCUCUCCACCGGAGUCAUGUCCAGUUUGUCCAUCAAGCGCACCGAGCGAUCCGACUCCGCCCUCUUCACCUGCGUGGCCACCAAUGCCUUUGGAUCCGACGAUGCCAGUAUAAACAUGAUUGUCCAGGAAGUUCCCGAGAUGCCCUAUGCCCUGAAGGUGCUCGACAAGUCCGGCCGUUCUGUGCAGCUGAGCUGGGCCCAACCCUACGACGGCAACUCCCCCCUGGACAGGUACAUCAUUGAGUUCAAGCGUUCCCGUGCGUCCUGGAGUGAAAUCGAUCGCGUUAUUGUCCCCGGACACACCACCGAAGCCCAAGUGCAGAAGCUCAGUCCCGCCACCACCUACAACAUUCGCAUCGUGGCCGAGAACGCCAUUGGCACAUCCCAAUCCUCCGAAGCAGUAACCAUCAUCACGGCCGAGGAAGCGCCAUCCGGCAAGCCGCAGAACAUCAAGGUGGAGCCCGUGAACCAGACCACCAUGCGCGUCACCUGGAAGCCACCGCCACGCACCGAGUGGAACGGAGAGAUCCUGGGCUACUACGUCGGCUACAAGCUGUCCAACACCAACUCUUCGUACGUUUUCGAGACCAUCAACUUCAUCACCGAGGAGGGCAAGGAGCACAACCUGGAGCUGCAGAACCUGCGCGUCUACACCCAGUACUCGGUGGUCAUUCAGGCAUUCAACAAGAUCGGAGCCGGUCCAUUGAGCGAGGAGGAGAAGCAGUUCACCGCCGAGGGAACCCCAAGCCAGCCGCCCAGCGACACCGCCUGCACCACCCUGACCUCGCAGACCAUCCGCGUCGGCUGGGUGAGCCCACCCCUGGAGUCCGCCAACGGAGUGAUCAAGACCUACAAGGUUGUCUAUGCCCCCAGCGACGAGUGGUAUGAUGAGACCAAGCGACACUAUAAGAAGACUGCCUCCUCCGACACCGUUCUCCAUGGCCUGAAGAAGUACACCAACUACACGAUGCAAGUCCUGGCCACCACAGCCGGAGGUGAUGGCGUUCGCAGCGUGCCCAUCCACUGCCAAACCGAACCCGAUGUUCCCGAAGCCCCUACUGAUGUGAAAGCCCUGGUUAUGGGUAACGCUGCCAUCCUGGUUUCUUGGCGCCCACCAGCACAGCCCAAUGGCAUUAUCACCCAGUACACCGUAUACUCGAAGGCCGAAGGCGCUGAGACCGAGACAAAGACCCAGAAGGUACCCCACUACCAGAUGAGCUUCGAGGCCACCGAACUGGAGAAGAACAAGCCCUACGAAUUCUGGGUGACGGCUAGCACCACGAUUGGCGAGGGCCAGCAGUCCAAGAGCAUUGUGGCCAUGCCCAGCGACCAGGUGCCCGCCAAGAUCGCCUCCUUCGACGACACCUUCACCGCCACCUUCAAGGAGGACGCCAAAAUGCCCUGCCUGGCCGUUGGAGCUCCCCAGCCGGAGAUCACCUGGAAGAUCAAGGGCGUCGAGUUCAGCGCCAACGAUAGGAUGCGCGUGCUGCCCGAUGGCUCUCUCCUGAUCAAGUCGGUCAAUCGCCAGGAUGCCGGAGACUAUUCCUGCCACGCUGAGAACUCGAUUGCCAAGGACUCGAUCACGCACAAGCUGAUUGUCCUGGCUCCCCCACAAUCGCCCCACGUCACCCUCUCGGCCACCACCACUGAUGCCCUGACCGUCAAGCUAAAGCCCCAUGAGGGAGACACCGCCCCUCUGCAUGGAUACACCCUGCACUACAAGCCAGAAUUCGGAGAAUGGGAAACCUCUGAGGUAUCCGUUGACUCACAGAAGCACAAUAUUGAGAAUCUGCUGUGCGGCUCCCGUUAUCAGGUCUAUGCCACAGGAUUUAACAACAUUGGAGCUGGCGAGGCUUCGGACAUAUUGAACACCCGGACCAAGGGACAGAAGCCCAAGCUGCCUGAGAAGCCGCGCUUCAUUGAAGUCUCCUCCAACUCCGUGUCGCUGCACUUCAAGGCCUGGAAAGAUGGCGGCUGCCCCAUGUCGCACUUUGUGGUAGAGAGCAAGAAACGCGAUCAAAUCGAAUGGAACCAGAUCUCCAACAACGUGAAACCGGACAACAACUACGUGGUCUUGGACCUGGAACCCGCUACCUGGUACAACCUCCGCAUCACCGCCCACAACUCGGCUGGCUUCACUGUGGCCGAAUACGACUUUGCCACUCUGACCGUCACUGGAGGCACCAUUGCGCCCCUGGACGAUGGCACGGGCCACGGGAACGUGCACACCCGCAUCCGCCUGCCCGCCUGGAUGCCCGAGUGGCUCGACCUCAACUUCAUGGUGCCCCUGAUCGCCACCGUGGUCGUGGUGGCGGUGGGCAUCUGCGUGGUCUGCGUGGCCCUUUCCCGGCGACGAGCGGACGACAUGCGCGGCGGCCAGAAGGAUGUGUACUACGAUGUAGUUUACAAUCAGACAAUGGGACCCGGCGCCACCCUGGACAAGCGUCGUCCUGACCUGCGCGACGAGCUCGGCUACAUCGCCCCGCCCAACCGGAAGCUGCCCCCCGUUCCCGGCUCCAACUACAACACCUGCGACCGGAUUAAGCGAGGUACAGUCAUAAGCCGCGGUGGCCUCCGUUCGAACCACUCGACCUGGGAUCCCCGGCGCAAUCCCAACCUCUACGAGGAGCUGAAGGCGCCGCCAGUCCCCAUGCACGGCAACCAUUACGGCCACGCCCACGGCAAUGCCGAGUGCCACUACAGGCAUCCAGGCAUGGAAGAUGAAAUCUGCCCCUAUGCCACGUUCCACCUGCUCGGCUUCCGCGAGGAAAUGGACCCCACCAAGGCCAUGAACUUCCAGACCUUCCCGCACCAGAACGGACAUGCCGGCCCAGUUCCCGGACACGCGGGCACCAUGCUGCCCCCAGGACAUCCGGGACACGUGCACUCCCGCUCCGGAUCGCAGUCGAUGCCCAGGGCCAAUCGCUACCAGCGCAAGAACAGCCAGGGAGGACAGUCCUCGAUCUACACGCCAGCUCCCGAGUACGAUGACCCCGCCAACUGUGCCGAGGAGGAUCAAUAUCGCCGAUACACCCGCGUCAACUCGCAAGGCGGCAGCCUGUACUCCGGACCCGGACCCGAAUACGACGAUCCCGCCAACUGCGCCCCCGAGGAGGAUCAGUACGGCUCCCAGUACGGAGGACCCUAUGGACAGCCCUACGAUCACUACGGCUCUCGAGGAUCAAUGGGACGUCGCAGCAUCGGCUCUGCCCGCAACCCUGGCAAUGGAUCGCCCGAGCCUCCACCACCACCGCCACGCAACCAUGACAUGAGCAACUCCUCAUUCAACGACUCCAAGGAGAGUAACGAGAUCUCAGAGGCAGAGUGCGAUCGUGAUCAUGGACCACGCGGAAACUAUGGCGAAGACUCCAACGAGGCAGUGAAGCGAUCCCCACAACCGAAAGAUCAGCGCACCACCGAAGAAAUGCGUAAACUGAUUGAAAGUCGACGACAGUUAAACGAAACCGGCCCAAAACAACUCCAACUCCAACAAACAAAUGGCGCAGGAUUCACAGCCUACGAUACUAUGGCAGUGUAAUUUGUAAGCCCCUCCCGCGACGAUGGGCGAGGCAUUUUAGCUUAGUGAUUUAAGUGCAUGAAGUGCGUGGGAGUUGAAUGACCCUCAGACACACACACAGACAGAUCAUCGGCACACACGGAGCGAAAAAAGGGGGAGUUAUAUACCGCAUAUACACGUAAAAUUAUUCAACUACUUCAAGUAAUUAUAACGAAGGGAAAGAAAAUUUCAAGAACAUAUUUAUAUUGCCUAUGCAAGCAGCAAACCAAACUUACAUAAAAUAUAUAUAAACCCAUUCAUAUAUGGAUAACUACUAUAAGUGUGUGCAGGAAAACUAAAGGAAAUCACUAAAAGUUAUACGAGGGAUAGUGCGAGGGCAUCCCCGAGAAAAAAGGAAAUCACAAAAAACAUACUUAUAUUGAAACCAAUUUCUAAUACAGUGUAUUUUAGUUUUAGGCGGUGUCUACCGAGAUAUCAGAACAACAUCGACUACGAUGAAUCUUGUGUGUAAAGAGAAGAUUGAUUUCCGAAUCUGUUUGUGUAAACUUUUGCCAUUUAUGCCAGGAGCAGAAAACUCAUCCUUUGCCUAGCCUAAGUCAAAGUCAUAAUAUUAACUCGUCUAAUUGAUAUACUUAGUCAUAACUUAUACGAAUUGUAUCGCUUCUUCCUAUACAUUUUGCAAUUCGUAGGACAGCGCACAUUUGGAGUUUUGUUUGCGUUUUGCGUUGACUUGUGAUGUUUGCUUAUUUGUAGAGCUUUGCGAGUCAGUAAUUCAUUAUCUAUGGGACACUCAGUUGUCUUCUUACUUUACCCUUAAUAUUUUAAUCAAAAAUGCGCUUCCAACCAAUUGAAAACUGUUCAAUGCACAAAUCGCAGCCACAACAAUUGAAUGUAUUAUACAAGAUCCCCAGGACACUCAAGGCCCACACCGAAACACACGAGCACGAUUUAUUUAAACCAAUUCUGAUAUAUGCCGUUCUGAACAUGAGUUAUACGCAUUUGAAGCUUUAAGAGAACCUGAAAUUGUUUAUUUCACGUCAUUUGAUCUAUUUUAAGUUCUUAGCCCAUAAGUUGCUAAAUAUAUGAUUUUGAUUUUAUUUAAA